ACCAUGCGACACUCAAAAACUAAUACGUGGGGAGGUGAGUUGGCGGAAAAAAAAACAAACACUUUUUUGACUGAGAUUGUUUGAGAAACAAGUUGACUCAUUUAGCUGUUUAUUUGUUUGAUUUAAAAUAAAAACAAUUCUUAAGAAUUGCAAACAGUAAGUAUGUUUUUUGGCCAGAGGCUAACUAGACGGCUUGCCAUCGAACCAACGUCAGCUAGCUAACACGGUGGCCAGUUAACGUUAGUUACCUUGCUUACCAAACAACAAGGACUGAAUCCCGAGGCUUCUGUUAUUUUGCAUUUGAAACUUUUUCGAACUGUUGAUAACAUACCAUCAAGCUAAUCAGUACCAUGAGUUUGACGAUGGAGACCAGUGUCUCUUUCCUCAAAUAUGAACUUGCAUCGACCAUCGAACAGGCAGUGAGAUGUGCAGUAGAAGCCGUUCUGAAGGAAACUGCUAGAGUAGUCGGUAUCAAACUGGCCGCAGCUCGGACUGCUGCUGCUGAGUCUCAUCGUGAGAACCAAAGUUUGAGAGAGAGACUUGACGUAUCUGAAGGUGAACUCAAAGCAACACGGUACUACAUGACAGCAGCCGAGAACAACAUCAAACAGUGUUUACUCCUUAAUCACAACCAGCCUACAUCAGGUGCUUUAGGACCUGGUUCGGAAGAGUCUCCUUUUCUCUUUCCCCCCACUGCUUCGGGGAGUCCUUCCAAUAUGCUCACGAUCCGUGGCCCCAAGUCGUUUCGAGCCUCAUCCACACGAUCACAGUUUUCUAAGUCACUCCCCAGUGUAGGUCUUUGCUUACCAACAGUGCAGCAUGAAUGGCCCAGGAGCAGCGAAAACUUGAGAAGAAUACGGACAUCCUCCACUGUCUCUUCUACCAAUCCCUCACAAACAUCCAAAGUGCCACAAUUAGAGGUUGGAAACUCAUCUCAUCACACUGAGGAGGAUACAGAGGGUCAAUUCUACAUUACAGACGAAGGGGUUGCAGAGAAAGAGUACAAAGUCCGUGCAACUGGAGGAGAGGACUCUGGAAUAAUUCAACAGGAGCAGGAGGGAGGAACAGUGUCAGCAGAGGACCCUCACAGAACUUCUAUUACCAACUUUGAGUUGGAGAUGGGCCAGAGUCACCCAGCAGGCAAUGUGAAUGACCUGGGCCUGAUCCAGGUGCUCGAUGAGGUGGAUGAAGUUAAAAGAACAGUUAAAAUUGAAAACGACCCUGAGGUCCCAAGUAUGCUGGAGUCCCACCUCCCUGGGUCAUCACAACAACUGCCACAGAUGCCAGCUCACAUUGAUAAUGAUGGUGACAAUGAUGGUAACUUCAUGGGGUCUGUCCCACCCUCUGCAGGGGACGCUGGUCUUCUAGGGGCUUUUGAAGUCCGAAGGGAGAGCUCGGAUAAGGUGCAUCGUUGCAAUGUGUGUGGCCGGGGAUUCCGCCGCUUCUACUGCCUGAAGACACACCAGCGCAUUCACACGGGUGAGCGGCCAUAUCCCUGCAGGUAUUGCGAGAAGCGUUUCCGACACCUGGACAGUCUGCAUAAGCACCAGCGCAUCCACACUGGGGAGAGGCCCUACCGCUGUGCCCAGUGUGGCUGCUGUUUCAGGGAGCUAGGCCAGCUCAAGAAGCACAGGCUGACCCACUCACCUGCUCCCACCACACCCCACCCGGUAGUGGCACUGUCUCUACUCCAAGCAGGGCCCUCUUAUACAUGGCCACACCUCCACUCACAGUCCCUGGAUUCCUAAUCAGGAUGGAUUUGGUACACACAUUCAUAUAAACAUAUUUUGUAAACAUGAUAUGAUGGUACUAAUUUUGUGUGUUAAGUUCACCCUAAUCAUCACGGUCCUAGAGGUGUUACUACAGACCCGGGUUAAUUCCCGGGCUGUGCCACAACCGGCUUUGGCCGGGAGUCCCAUAGGAUGGAGCACAAUUGGCCCAGCGUCGUCCGGGUUAGUGCUCAUCGCACUCUAGCGGUUCCGAAAUUUUGGGAGAAAGGAGGGUAAAAAACAAGUAAAGAAUAAUCUAUUUCUAUUACUGCUUGUUCACAAUGUUCUUAAUU